GUAAUCGUAGAUCCAACUUGUCCUCAUGGUCUUUGCAUGGAUGAGAACUUGGACGAGCUGUUCUCGGACUCUGAAACUAAAUUCGAAGAUGCCGAUCACGAGUCACAGGCAGGCGUUCUAGUUCUUGAUAGUGCAGACAGCUUUGACUCUGAUCCUUAUUGGAGCAGAAAAGCGAGAAAUUUAAAGGUUCCGUAG